CAGUGGUACUAAGCUUGAGAAACUGAAGAAGAAAUUGUUGCUAUAUAAGCCUGGCCAAACACCAUUGUUGCAUGCGAAUACUGUGCGGAGGCAACAUGCAGCUUAUGGUGCGGGACUGGCAUUGCAAGGUGGCCUGCACAUGGAUUUCUCAAGUGCGGGAAAAUGUCAGUUGUACAUGAUGUCCCAAGGUCUGCAGGGCCCAAGAAGUCUUAGUUUUGCCCUCCCCAAAGACUCUCUGCUGGCUGCCAAGAUCAACUCAGUCCUGAUGAGACUUUUGGACUCCGGCAUUGUACGAAAAGUUAUCCUGGAUGCUAUCAACAACUCGACGGAGUGUCUGAAGCCGAUCUCCUCUGUUGCAAGCAGAGAGCGGCGGCCACUCGAGUUGAAGGACUUUUACGGUGUCUUCUCAUUGUACGCAGCAGGUAUGCUGGAAGGAGUGUGAAUUUGAUUUGUGUUGAUAUUAUGAGCUUGUGUUAGGGAGGCAGUAGCAGAGUGGUCUGCAUACGAAAAUGAUCCCUCAUUCAUGUCUUGUUGUGUCUCAGAUUUUAUCUGCUGGAAU